AUGCCCAAGCGCAAGGCCAACUGGUGGCCACCCAGUAUUCUCUCCGACCCGGAUGUGCUGAGCGUGGACGAUGAAGGUCGUUUUGUGCUGUGCAAGAUCUGCCAUGUCCAUUAUGCCGUGCAUGGUGGCAAGAAACCUAAGCCCAUCAUCAUGAAUUCUAAUUUCCGCACGCGGGCGUGGGAUGUGCACAAGGAGCGCACCAACUCACAUCGUCUACAGAAGCAGCAGGAGCGUUUGCAGCAGGCCAAGCUGUCGGCGCAACAAGGACAGACAGCAGAUACGCAGGGGCAGCAAACAACUUCGGAACAAGUACAACAAACAGCACACAGACAGCAACAAACACACGAGAAAUCCCCGAGUAUGCCGCAGUCCCAGAAUCAGGUGCAAACCCAAUUGGUGGCUAAAAUAGCGGUCCAGACUUUGACAUCUGUGCACGCACCACCACUCCUGCUGCCGGCUCCUUCUGUGAUCGAGAAGGUUUCUCAGCCUCCUGCUCGAUUACACAGCGGCACACAGGUAUUGCAGCAGCGACGUCAGCAACAAUAUCAGCAGCAGCAGCAAAAGCAACAACAGCAAGGUGUCGAAGAGAUUAAAGGCGCUGGACUCGAUAAGUUGAAAAUGGCUGCUCACGAUAGUGCUGUAGAGCAGCCAGCUGGUGCAUCUCCACAAGCCGUAACGGUAGCGACCAUAUCUGGCGCCGCUAGCAUUCACAAUGGAAAGCGUUUUGCUUCAUCGACGCCGGUGGGCGUACCGUCUUUGAGACGUCGUGUGUUCCGGGCUGGAUUGCCUGGAUCAUCGAGACAACUCAUAGCAGAUUCGGCUAAUCAUCCUUGCCAGAAGCAUUUGUUCAUGGUCCCAGGCACUGCGAACCAUACACAGAGGACACCAGUAACCAGCAAGCACGCAAUGGCGAUGGAGCGGCAGGCAGACAGCUCGGCGCGAUGGCAUCACAUGCACGACGAUGUGAGCCGGGCUCUGAGUCCAGCACCUCGAAGGCGGCUACAGGGACCGGCCUCGUAUACGAGCGGCGAGAUACGUGCAGCAAAAACACUGGCACAAACAGAAACAGGUGACCUAGGUGGCAACAACAGCGAGAGAGUGGCAAAAAAGCUUCGGUCUCUUAAUGCCGAAUACCAUGCAAGCAACAUGCGUUACACAGACGCUUACAAUAUGCGCCAGACAGACGUCUUGGAUCGUAGCAGUGCGAGCUACAAGGAAUAUUGGGGCACGCUACGCAAUGUUUACACCUCCUCCAGCGGUGGCACGCGCGAUGUACCAUUCCGGAAGCGCCACGGCGGCAACCCGCCAGCAAAGUCGACCCAAUCCAAGGAGACAGAGGCUGAUUCCACGACCCCCGACGAGUCUGGGUCUAGUGAAGAUGCUUUUAAGCCGGCUGUGGUUGUUCACGAUGCUUCGCUCAUCAGUGCGAUCGAAAGUCUCGCUGAAGUUACAUCCAAGCAAAUUGCCAAUCUGUAUGAAAAGUCAGCGAUUACAGUCUCUAGUAGAGAGGCGCUUGCGGGGCUAGCUUCAGUGAUGACAAAUUUGCGCGUGCUUCAUGGUCAUGCCUUUAAACGUAUGAUCGAGCUGCAGGAGAAGCAUCUAAAAGUGAUGGAAAAUAUAUUGGAUGUCAAGUUGCGCAAGGAGGCAGCUCGAAACGCGAGCAUCAGCAGCGACAACGACACAACCACCACCAGCGGAGACAGCUAUGGAAGAAGUUGCGGAAGUACUGGGGUGGUGGUGGUACCUCAAGUUAACAUACCAAAAGUGGAUUCCAUGCUGAGGCAAGUAAGUGAACAAGCAAGCAAGCGAAUACCGUACUGUCGGCCAAGCAACGCAUCAAGAGCGAGCGAAUAA